CUACUUUCUCAAAUGCAUGUGUUUAUCUUUUCUAGUUACUUGUGUGUAAAAACUAUUUCAGCUAGUAAUAACGCUAAUUGCAAUCAUCUUAAUCUCUUGUGUUGUUCAUUUCAAUCAAGUGCUAUGCUAUAUAGGUACGGGUGUAUGUUAUGUGGCAUAGGUUUGUUUUCCACAUAAAUUGUUGAAGUGGUAAUUUUUUUAUAUCAAAUAUGCAGGGGGACGAUCCUCCUUUUUUACCAGUGGGAACUGAUGUCAGUGCUAAAUAUAAAGGAGCUUUCUGUGAAGCAAAAAUUAAGAAAGUUGUUCGCAACAUCAAAUGUAAGGUUACUCUAAAAGCAGGUGGGGGUACAAUCACAGUGAAUGAUGAUGUAAUCAAGGGCACACUGAGGGUUGGCAGCACUGUGGAAGUCAAGCAAGACCCUAAAAAGGAUGCCAUGGAAGCUGUCAUUGCUAAAAUACAGGACUGCAGCCAGUAUACUGUUGUGUUCGAUGACGGCGACAUAACGACACUCCGACGGUCGGCCCUCUGCCUGAAGAGUGGGCGGCAUUUCAAUGAAAGUGAGACCUUGGACCAGUUGCCGUUGACUCACCCUGAGCACUUCUCAACUCCCGUCAUUGCUGGCCGCCGUGGCAGAAGGGGUAGGGCUCAGUCAGACGAGAGCGACGGCUCCGGUCCGAGCACGCGGCGCGUGAAGGAGAGCAGCGCCGAGCGCGAGCCGCACGUGGGCCGCGUGGUGCUGGUGGAGGCGGCGGGCGGCACGGAGCGGCGCCGCGCGCAGCCGCCCGCCUUCCCCGCGCUGGUGGUGGCGCCCACCGCGCAGAUCAAGGUCAAGGAGGACUACCUCGUGCGCUCCUUCAAGGACGGACGAUACUACACAGUGCCCAAGAAAGAGGCCCGUGAGUUUCGUAAAGGUACGCCAUUGGAAUGGGCGGGCGUAGAGGCGGCCCUGCAGUACCUCAACCAGGGUGUGCUGCCGCCGCAUUGGGAUCGCGACGCGUUGUUCAACGAGUCUAAAAAUACGUCGGACGAUAGUUCAGACGACGAGCCACGUGAAGAAAAGGACCAUUUCGUUGCACAACUGUACAAGUUCAUGGACGACAGGGGCACGCCGCUAAACAGGAACCCGACCAUCGCCAACCGAGAUAUCGACUUGUACAGAUUAUUUAGAGUGGUGCAAAAACUUGGAGGUUACAACAGGGUAACAAAUCAGAAUCAAUGGAAAUCAAUUGCUGAUAAAAUGGGCUUCCAUCCUGUUACUACCAACAUCACCAAUCUUUGUAAACAAGCUUAUAAAAAGUUCCUGCACAGCUUCGAGGACUUCUACCGCAAGCUGGGGGUGACGCUGGUGGCGCAUCCUCGCGGGAACCGCACCCCGCCCGCCGGCCGCUCGCUCAUCCGCGACCGCGACAAGCAGCCGCCCACCACGCCCACCGGCCUGCGCAGCAAAGAUAAAGAUUCAGACAAAAGUGAAACGGAGAAGAGUGAUAAGAGUGAGAAGGAAGAUAAAGUGGAAAGGGCAGAUAAAAAGGAGAAGCCCCGAGCCAGCGACGGUGAGGACAGUGCUGACAAUCAACCUUUGAUCGUCACUACGCCCAAAGUCGAUAAAGAAAAAGAAAAGGAAAAGGACAAAGAGAAAGAAAAAGAAAAGGACAAAGAAAAAGAAAUUGAAAAAGAUAAAGAGAAGGAGAAAGAGAAAGAAAAGGAAAAAUUAAAAGAGAAGGAAAAGGAGAAAGACAAAGAAAAGGAAAAAGAGAAGGAAAGGGACAAAGAAAAAGAAAAGGAAAAAGAAAAAGAGAAAGACAAGGAGAAGGAGAAAGAAAAGGAGAAGAGUUCCACGUCGGCGAGUACUAGUGACGAAAAACAUGUACCGAAGCCCCGCUCGUUGUCAAAAAAUCGUAACGUCCUGCCGCUCAAACCUGAUUCUCAUGAAAAGAGGACACCUAAAAGACGGCCUUUAUCUUCUAAGAGUAUUAGCACAAGCGCGAAUACAUCGCGCGCCUCCCGUCGUCCUCAUGUCUCAACUGACAGCGAUAGUUCCGGCAGGGCGUCCAGGUAUGUGAGCAGAUGCGGCCCCACCAAGAAGAUGCAGUGCCGUCGUAGCCAAAGCGCGAAUUCCGCGAGCAGCGGCAACACCAUAGCGUCCAACAGCAGCAAGCGACCGCGCAAGAGGAAGACUACUGAACCAUCGAGCGAGCCCACGCGGACCGGUAAUCCUAACGCUAAGGCGCAAGUGGGCGACAAGCUAAAAGUGUAUUACGGACCUACCCAAUCUGAAUCUAAGGUGACAUACGAGGCGAAGGUGAUAGAGAUAUCGUCUGAAGGCAUGCUCCGAGUGCACUACACCGGCUGGAACACGCGCUACGACGAGUGGAUCAAGCCGCAACGCAUCGCGCUCAACGUGACGCAACAUGAGGCGCGCAACAAGAAGAAUCCAAAUAUAACUAGACGUGCCAGAUCCAAGAGAAUAGAAGGGAAACCUGUCUCCGAAUCAUCAGCGCGGUCGGAUAGUGAUAGUGAUUCUGAUAGCGACGAAGAUGUCAAGAGGCCACCCAAGAAGUUAUCCAUUGAUGACAAAGGCAACACAAAGACGCCAUCAAGAUCCAAAGACGCGAAAUCCAGUGACAGCAGCAGUUCGAGCAAACCUCGGAAGCGCCCCGUGCGGACGGUGUCCACGCCCUCCGCCGUCUCCCCGGCCAAGAAACCCCGCCCCAACAUCCCAGGGCACCAGGGGCGGGACUAUGACCUCAACGAAAUACGAUCAGAGCUCAAGGGUCUACACACUGUCAAGCAAGAACCGGAAGAGAGCAAACAAGAAGUGCAGGAAAAGACGAGGGAUACCGUCUCGCCGCCUCAGGCACCUCCGCCGGUGAUCACCUCCCCGCCUCAGCCAGAUAACAAAGCGGAAGAUGUCUACGAGUUCAAAGAACCCGAACCGUUCGAAUUAGAAUUACACGAUGAAAAGAAAAAGAGAACGCAUCGCAUCUUUGAUGAUAUUUCACCCAGUAAAUACACAUCGACUUUAUCAAAAUCGUUGAGCGAAGAAAUUUCUGAAGACCCGUUGAGAAUACGACCAUCUACUUUAAGAUCGCCGUCUUUGUCGCCGUUUAGAGAUUUCGGCACUACUCGUGAUCCUCCAGGAAGACAAAGUCCCGAGGAAGAUUCUAAAGACGAUCUGUUCUCGCUAGAUGACGACUCAUUCCCUGGAGAAAGCAGUUCUGGUCCGAUCUUUGAAGGUUUUACGCCAGCUAAAAAUCAAGAAACAUAUUCUAAAAAGAGCAAAGUUUCCAAACUACGGCAACUAAUAGAAGAUUCACCAGAUAGUCGAGCUGAUGAUGAACAAUCAUCUGAAGAUGAGCCUGAAGAUAUUGUUACGAAAGAAGAGGAAAGAGAACCCACUCCGGUGAUUUGUAAUAUAGAGCCGGCUAAGACUCCGGAACCACCUCCAAAGGAAGAAGUCAAAGAACCAGUGAUUGAAGUCAAGCUUGAAGUCGAAAAGACUAAGACAGAAGAAGCCAAAUCGCCGGCAAAGACUGUGACUCCAGAACCGUCCAAAACCCCACCGUUGCAAAGGAAACUCGAAUUACCUAGCACCAGUAUUAAACCUGUCGCUCCCAGUCCCCCAAUAGUUACUGUUACAGAACCUCCCAAACAGGAAAUUAAAAAAGAAAAAGAGGAAGACAAAGUUGCGUCGAUACCCCUUCCUGCGGCUGAACCCGUAGCCAAACUGCAAAGCGUUCUUAGAGUCAGCAUAGAAAAAAUGGAUCCUGAACCAGCACCACCAAAAAUUGAAGCUCCCUCUAGUCCUUUAGUAGACACAGAGGAAGAUAAGUCCGAACCAGAUAGUCCCGCACGCAUGGACGUAUUACCCGAGCCACCGCCAGGUUUCCUUCUACAGUCUGAAGGGCCGAAGAUUGCUGAGAAACUUCUAAAAGCUAUCAAUAGUGCCAAACGGUUAUCUAUGACGCCGUCACCUGUGGAAGAACGUCCUUUAACUCCCAAGAAAGAUGCGCUAAAACUGAACAAGCCUGAAGGCAAGCUGUCUCCUGUAGUGCCCGAGUUGAAAACGAUUAAACUUGAGCCGAACAGACCUUUAUCGAAAACCGAGCCAAUCAGGAAGUUCAGUCCGAUCAGUGAUACGAUAUUUGGGGAGCCGUCGAAUUUGACGGACGCUAAACGUGAUACUCCUGAAGUGAAAAAAGUUAAGCCUAAAGAAGCUACACCGCCGCGGUUGCAGAGUCCUUUGAGUAUUUUGGAGCGGCGGAAGAGUGUUGCGGACUUGCCGCUAGCCCCAGGAAAGAACAAUAAGGUGUUAAGUGAUACCAUUCAGAAACUAUCGAGCCAAAUCAAUCAAUCUGCCGCCGCAGCUGCCAUUCCGCUCCCGACAUUCAAGCCUGAAGAUAAGAGCGAAUCGAGCGAUUCUGAUGAGUCUGAAAGGAGAAUGAUGAUAAUCGAGAAACUGUCAACUGAAGACUGGGGCAGCGGUGGGAAUCCCGAACCAGCCCGGGCGGUCGGCAACCUGGCGGCGAGCCCCCCCGCGGCGCCGGCGGUGGCGGGGCUCAGCUCGCUGGCGCGCGGCAUCCACGCCGGGAAGAGUCCGGGCGAGUGGAGCGCGGGGGAGUCGCUGCUCAUGCUGGAGGACGCCUGCAAGAACGAGAGGAAACAUAGUGCGAGCGUAGUAGUAGCCGGCAGCGGCCUAGUCGCUAGCGGCAGUGGCGUCACAGCUACCACUGCUGUAGCCGCCGAAGAGGACAGCAACAUGUCGCUGUUGCUAUGCGAGGAGACCAUUCCCGGUUCCCCCGCGCCCGACGCUGAGCCGCCGCCUAGACAGAGACUACUACUGCCGUUCGCGUGUGCCCCGCCGCAUCAUACACAACACAAAGAUGAGCGGCGUGGCGAAGCCCCAGCAGUUCCUCGCGCAGAACCCGCAGAGAACAAGCAGCCCGCUGCGGAACCCCACCCGGGGCCAGCCUGGCCUCGGAGACACCCGCUGCUGGACAACACGCCGCCCACCACCCCCGACAGCAGCCUCGAUAUGUCCCCGCACAGAGAACGUCGAAUAUCAGAACGUGAUAGUCCGAUGGAACGCAAAGAUGAUGACGACGAGAGCCCUCCCAAUGAUUCUCCGCCAGUGGAUAUGGAGAAACCACUUGGUGGUCGUUCCCGCAAAGCGUCGGAGAGUUCGGGCGUGGGCGCCAGUAGCGCCACCCGCGGCCGCGGCCGGAGGCGCCGCGACACCGACACCGCCGCCUCGGAACAUAACGCCUCGCACAAGUACAACUUCUAUGUAGAACUCGACCCGAAUUGGGACAGUCAGAUGCGAAUCAGCGUUCUAACGACGCGGCUGGCGGAUCUCCGCAAGGCGUACCACUCGGUGAAGGCGGAACUUGCGGCCAUUGACCGCCGCCGCAAGAAACUAAGGCGAAAGGAGCGAGAGGCUGUAAAGGCUGCCAAGGCGGCGUGCUCAUGAUGAAGGCUGUAGUAAGGGGCUGACGAUCUCUGGAGCCAUGUCUAUUCGUUUUAGCAUAGACAACACAGAAAGAGGCUCCGUUCUCAAUGUGAUAAUGUGUGGAGUAAUUUGACGAAACUUUGUGCGAAAAACAUGCUGGAUAGUCGGCUAGUUGCGAUUUUAUGCGAGAAAACACGUAGUUGUAUGUAAAAUGUUGCAAUAGUUUAGUGAAUGUCACGAGCAUCAACUUUUUGAUCUUUAAUAAUCUAGUUUUUAAGAAUUUUAUUGGAUAAAAUUUUAUACAUUUCGUAUAAUUGUUUCUUAAAAUGUAUUUUUUUCUAAUCUAAUUCAGCUUCUCAUAUUUAAUUUGCUUUUAUUAUGUGAGUAGAAUUAUGAUCGCAUUGUAUAUUUGCAGUUAAAAUUAAUGAGCUUGAUUGUAAUACAUGAUGUAUUUUAUGUAAAAUAUGCGUAUCUGCAUCGCAUAAUAAACAAUAGCAGUGACGCGCAUUAUGUCAAAGACUGAAAUUUGGAAAUGAUACCAGAUAAUGUCUACAAUAUUAUUUAUUUCCGAAAGUAUAUGUAAUGUGACACAGAUAUUAUUGAAAUAAACUCCAUGGAUCACAAA